CUGGCCGUACACGAAUUUUCUAACAAUGACGCGUUUUAGAAACUCUGCAGAACGCCAUCGUCAGCUCGGUUUGCCCCCAUAAAAUCCCAGUUCCUCCGAGCAAAAAUCUUAAAUUUCACAAGCAAAAAUGGCUUCCAUCUACAGCUGUAGGGAGUGCGGAACGGACCUGAACCUAAGAACAACCCAUUUAUUCCCUCCAGAUUUCUACUUCGAGGCGGGAAACAAGGGCACCCUUUCUUUCGCCAUGGUCGACGAGACCAAGUUCAAGUUCGAGAAAGAAGACAAGUUCAGGCCUUUCUUCGAGACCAUUGAUUACUGGGGAAUCCAACGGAACAGAACCAAGAUCAAGUGCAAUAGCUGCGGGAAACUUGUGGGUCAUGUUUAUGAUGACGGCCCUCCUCUCACGGAUAGUCCCGGUCAAUGGCAUUUUGGGCCCAGUCAGGUGAUCCCCAGAGCCCCUAGGUAUCGGUUCAAGACCAAGACACUCAAGAUCACCACUGAAACUUGAAGAAUUUCUCGUGGUUGAAGUUUAUGGGUUUUGUGGAUAGUUUGAAUGGCGGGUUUUCCUUUUGAUGUGCUUAUGUGUAUGUAUGUAUGUAUAUCAUAUAUGCCAAGUUCGAUUACUCUAUUCAAUGAAUAUAAUAUAUUUUUAUACCAAUUAAAGAAAACCCAUCUCAUCGUUCCCUUUAAAUU